UAUCUAUUCAAAACCUUCUAACUGCCUUUAACGUUCUCAGGUUCAUAACACCGAAGUCAACGAGUUCGAAUGGUUUUCGGUUUUAAUUUAGUAGUUUAAUUUUGUGUUUAUUAGAUUUUAUUGACUAGAAAAUAAUUUAAAAUGUCAGAUGAAAAAGAAAUCCCUAAUAUCAUUUAUGAUUCGAACACGAAGAUAUCGUACAAGAAAGGAAGGUUCUUUGGAAAGGGUGGAUUUGCCAAAUGCUACGAGAUUACAGACAUGGCAAGAAAUGCAACUUACGCAGGAAAAAUUGUUUCCAAGAAAAUUAUAUCUAAACAAAAUCAGAGAGAAAAGAUGACUCAAGAAAUAAGUAUUCAUCGAACACUGAAACACAAAAAUAUCGUGGGAUUUCAUAGCUUCUUUGAAGAUAACUUAAAUGUGUAUAUUGUUUUAGAGUUGUGUAGGAGAAGGUCAAUGAUGGAACUUCAGAGACGUAGAAAAACUAUAACAGAACCUGAAACUCGCUUUUAUAUGAAACAAAUACUGAGUGGUGUGAGCUAUUUGCAUUUUAAUAAAAUCAUACAUCGCGAUUUGAAGUUAGGAAAUUUGUUUUUAAAUGAUGAUCUUCAUGUAAAAAUAGGAGAUUUUGGGCUAGCUGCAAAGAUUAAAUUUGAUGGGGAGAGAAAAGAUACAUUGUGUGGAACUCCCAAUUACAUAGCUCCUGAAAUAUUAACUAAGAAGGGUCACUCCUUUGAGGUUGAUGUUUGGUCAAUUGGAUGUAUUAUGUACACUUUACUUUUUGGAAAGCCACCAUUUGAAACAGACAGUUUAAAAGAAACAUAUUCCAAGAUAAAGAAAUGUGACUAUAGAUUGUCUCCCACCAUAAGUCAAUCUGCAAGAGACAUGAUCAUGCUUAUGUUACAACCAGAACCCAAAUCUCGUCCAAAGGUGCAACAGUUAAUUAAUCAUGAUUUUAUUAUCAAUGGGUAUCUUCCUCCUUCACUGCCUGUUAGUACACUUACGAUGGCCCCAUUAUUUAAUGCAGUGGAGAAACCUCGAGUACCAUUGGUAGUAAUUACUCCAGAAAACAUAAUGAAUGAUAACCCAUCACCUCAAAAGAAUGCCAGGUAUUCCAUUGCUGCUCGUGGGGCAGUUAAAGUGUCUGAAAAUGUCAUCCAAGAGUUUGAUCCAGCUGAAAGUUUGGAUACACUGAAGAAGAUGAUUUUACGGGUAUUAAAGAGCAAUAAAGAACCAAAAGUUGUAAAAUUGGGUGAUGAAAUGACUGAUCCUGCAGCUCAGCCCCUUUAUUGGAUUUCAAAAUGGGUUGACUACUCAGACAAAUAUGGUUUUGGAUAUCAGCUAUGCGAUGAAGGUGUUGGAGUGAUGUUCAAUGAUACCACAAAGCUUAUUAUGCUUCCAAAUGGCAUAAAUGUCCACUUUAUUGAUAAAAAUGGUAAAGAGACUUAUUUCACCAUUAACAAUUAUCCAGAAUUUUUAGAGAAGAAAGUGAAAUUGUUGUCUUAUUUCGGUCGUUACAUGAAAGAACAUUUGGUCAAAGCUGGAGAAAAUGUCGUAAAGGAGACUGAUAACAUGUCUCGUAUACCCCAUUUGUUCCAGUGGUGUAGGUCUACUUCUGGAGUUUUGAUGCAACUUAAUAAUGGCACAGUACAAAUUAAUUUUAGUAAUCACACGAAAAUAAUAAUGUGUCCACUGAUGGGUGCCAUAACUUAUAUAGACGAAGACAAGUCAUUUAGGACAUUCCGUUUUUCAACCCUUGAAAAGCACGGCUAUUCGAAAGCCCUUUACGAAAAGAUGAAAUACGCACGCGAUAAAAUAACAGUACUUUUGGAAAACGAAAACAAAUGAAGUAUUCAUUCAACGCGUUAGUGUUAAGACUGAUCAAAGAAAACAAAACGAGUAUUUAUUUUUGU